CUAGUCAUCACCGUCAUCCUAGUCAUCCCUAGCCAUCCCAGUCAUCCCAGUCAUCCCUAGUCAUCCCUAGUCAUCCCAGGUCAUCCCUAAUCAUCCCUAGUCGUCCCAGUCAUCCCUAGUCAUCCCAGUCAUCCAUAGUUAUUCCAGUCAUCGCUUGUCAUCCCUUGCCAUCCAAGUCAUCCCUGGUUAUCCCCAGUCAUCCUAGUCAUCCCUAGUCAUUCCAGUCAUCUCUAGUCAUCCUAGUCAUCCCAGUCACCCCUAGUCAUCCUAGUCAUCCCUAGUUAUCCCAGUCAUCCCCGGUCCUUCCAGUCAUCUCUGGUCAUCCUAGUCAUUCCUAGUCAUCCCUUGUCAUCCCAGUCAUCCUAGUCAUCCCUAGUCAUUCCAGUCAACGCUAGUCAUCACAGUCACCCUAGACAUCCCUAGUCAUCCCUAGUCAUCCUAGUCAUUCCUAGUCAUCCCUAGUCAUCCUUAGUCAUUUUAGCCAUCUCUAGUCAUCCCUUGUCAUUCCAGUCAUCCCCAGUCAUCCUUAAACAUCCCUAAUCAACCCUAGUCAUCCCUAGUCAUCCCACUCUUCCUAGUCAUCCCAGUCAUCACUAGUCACCCCUAGUCAUCCUAGUCAUCCCUAGUCAUCCCAGUCACCCCUAGUCUUCCUAGUCAUCCCUACUCAUCUUAGUCAUCCCUAGUCAUCCAUAGUCAUCCUUAAACAUCCCUAAUCAACCCUAGUCAUCGCUAGUCAUCCCGCUUUUCCUAGUCAUCCCUAGUCAUCCCUUGUCAUCUCGGUCAUCCCAAGUCAUCCCAGUCAUCCGUAGUCACCCCUAGUCAUCCCAGUAACCCCAGUCAUCCUUAGUCAUCCCUACUCACCACUAGUCAUCCUAGCCAUCCUAGUCAUUACUAGCCAUCCUAGUUAUCCCUAGUCCUCCCUAGUCAUCCCAGUGAUCCCUAGUCAUCCCUAGUCAUCCCAGUCAUUCUAGUCAUCCCUAAUCAUCGCCAGUCAUCCGAGUCAUCCCUUGCCAUCCUGGUCAUCCCUUGUCAUCCCUAGUCAUCACUAGUAAUCCCUAGUCAUCACCGUCAUCCUAGUCAUCCCUAGCCAUUCCAGUCAUCCCAGUCAUUCUAGUCAUCCCUAAUCAUGGCCAGUCAUCCGAGUCAUCCCUUGCAAUCCUGGUCAUCGCUUGUCAUCCCUACUUAUCACUAGUAAUCCCUAGUCAUUACCGUCAUCCUAGUCAUCCCUAGCCAUUCCAGUCAUCCCAGUCAUCCCUAGUCAUCCCUAGUAAUCCCUAGUCAUCCCAGGUCAUCCCUAAUCAUCCCUAGUCAUCCCACUCAUCCCUAGUCAUCCCAGUCAUCCUUAGUUAUUCCAGUCAUCCCUAGUCAUCCCUUGCCAUCCAAGUCAUCUCUAGUUAUCCCAGUCAUCCUAGUCAUUCCAGUCAUCUCCAGUCAUCCUAGUCAUCCCUAGUCAUCCCAGUCAUCCCUAGUCAUCCCAGUCAUCCCUAGUUAUCCCAGUCAUCCCCAGUCAUUCCAGUCAUCUCUGGUCAUCCUAGUCAUUCCUAGUCAUCCCUUGUCAUCUCAGUCAUCCUAGUCAUCCUAGUCAUCCGUAGUCAUUCCAGUAAACCCUAGUCAUCACAGUCAGCCUAGACAUCCCUAGUCAUCCCUAGUCAUUCCUAGUCAUCCCUAGUCAUCCUUAGUCAUUUCAGCCAUCCCUAGUCAUCCCUUGUCAUUCCAGUCAUCCCUAGUCAUCCUUAAACUUCGUUAAUCAAUCCUAGUCAUCCCUAGUCAUCCCACUCUUCCUAGUCAUCCCUAGUCAACCCUUGUCAUCCCAGUCAUCCAUAGUCAUCCCUGUAACCCCAGUCAUCCCUAGUCAUCCCUACUCAUCACUAGUCAUCCUAGUUAUCCCAGUCAUCCCUACUCAUCCCUAGUCAUCCCAGUCAUUCUAGUCAUCCCUAAUCAUCGCUAGUGAUCCCAGUCAUCCCUUGUCAUCCUGGUCAUCCCUUGUCAUUCCUAGUUAUCACUAGUAAUCCCUAGUCAUCACCGUCAUCCUAGUCAUCCCUAGCCGUCCCAGUCAUCCCUAGUCAUCCCUACUCAUCCCUAGUCAUCCCUAGUCAUCCCUAGUCAAUCCCAGGUCAUCCCUAAUCAUUCCUAGUCACCAAAGUCAUGCUUAGAAAUUCCAGUCAUCCCUAGUCAUCCCUUGCCAUCCAAGUCAUCCCUAGUUAUUCCAGUCAUCCUAGUCAUCCCUAGGCAUUCCAGUCAUCUCUAGUCAUCCUAGUCAUCCCUAGUCAUCCCAGUCAUCCCAGUCAUCCCUAGUCAUCACAGUCAUCCCCAGUCAUCACAGUCAUCCCUAGUUAUCCCAGUCAUCGCAGUCAUCCCCAGUCAUUCCAGUCAUCUUUGGUCAUCCUAGUCAUUCCUAGUUAUCCCAUUCAUCCUAGUCAUCCUAGUCAUCCCUAGUCAUUAUAGUCAACCCUAGUCAUCACAGUCACCCUAGACAUCCCUAGUCAUCCUGGUCAUUCCUAGUCAUCCCUAGUCAUCCUUAGUCAUUUUAGCCAUCCCUAGUCAUGCCUUGUCAUUCCAGUCAUCCCUAGUCAUCCCUAGUCAUCCUUAAACAUCCCUAAUCACCCUAGUCAUCCCUAGUCAUCCCUAGUCAUCGCUUGUCAUCCCAGUCAUCACUAGUCAUCCCAAGUCAUCCCAGUCAUUCCUAGUCACCCCUAGUCAUCCCUAGUCAUCUCUAGUCAUCCCAGUCAACACAAGUCAUCCCAGUCAUUCCUAGUCACCCCUAGUCAUCGCUAGUCAUCUCUAGUCAUUCCAGUCAUCUCUGGUCAUCCUAGUCAUUCCUAGUCACCCCUCGUCAUGCCAGUCAUCCUAGUCAUCCCUAGUCAUUCCAGUCAUCCCUAGUCAUCCCUAGUCAUCACAGUCACCCUAGACAUUCCUAGUCAUCCCUAGUCAUCCUAGUCAUUCCUAGUCAUCCCUAGUCAUCCUUAGUCAUUUUAGCCAUCCCUACUCAUCCCUUGUCAUUCCAGUCAUCCCUAGUCAUCCCAGUCAUCACUAGUCAUCCCAGUCAUCCCAGUCAUCCUAGUCAUCCCUAGUCAUACUACUCACCCUAGUCAUGCUAGUCAUCCCUAGUCAUCCCAGUCACCCCUAGUCUACGUAGUCAUCCCUAGUCAUCUUAGUCAUCCUUACUCAUCCUUAAACAUCCGUAAUAAACCCUAGUCAUCCCUAGUCAUCCCACUCUUCCUAGUCAUCCCUUGUCAUCCCAGUCAUCCAUAGUCUUCCCAAGUCAUCCUAGUCAUCCUAGUCAUCCCUACUCAUCAAUAGUCAUCCCAAUCAUCCUAGUCAUCCUAGUCAUCCCUAGUCAUCCCUAGUCAUCCCAGUCAUUCUAGUCAUCCCUAACCAUUGCUAGUCAUCCCAGUCAUCCCUUGUCAUCCUGGUCAUCCCUAGUCAUCACUAGUAAUCCGUAGUCAUCACCAUCAUGCUAGUCAUCCCUAGCCAUCCCAGGCAUCCCUAGUCAUCCCUAGUCAUCCCUAGUCAUCCCUAGUCAUCCCAGGUCAUCCCUAAUCAUCCCCAGUCAUCCCAGUCAUCCCUAGUCAUCCCAGUCAUGCUUAGUUAUUCCAGUCAUCACUAGUCAUCCCAGUCAUCCCUAGUCAUCCUUAGUCACCUUAGUCAACCCUAGACAUCCUAGUCAUCGGUACUCUUCUUUAGUCAUCCCAGUAAUCCCAAGUCAUCCCAGUAAUCCCUUGUCAUUUCUACUCAUCCCUGUCAUCCCUAGUCAUCUCACAUCAUCCCCAGUCAUCCUAGUCAUCCCUAGUUAUUCCAGUCAUCCCGGUCAUCCCUAGGCAUCCCUAGUCAUCCCAGUCAUCUCUACUCACCCCGGUAAUCCCUAGUCAACCCUAGUCAUCGCAAGCUAUCCCAGACAUUCCUUGUCAUCCCAAUCAUCCCUAGUGAUCCCAGUCGUCCCCGUAAUCCCUAGUCAUACCUAGAGAACGCUAGUCAUCCCAGUCAUCCCUAGUCAUUCCAGUCAUCCUAGUCAUCCCAGUUAUUCCUAGUCCUUCCUAGUCAUCCCUAGUCAUCCCAGUCAUCCCAGUUAUUCCUAGUCCUUCCUAAUCAUCACUAGUCACCCAGUCAUCCCUUGUCAUCCUUGUCAUCCUAGUCAUCUCUGGUUAUCCCUAGUCAUCCCAGUUAUCCCUAGUCCUUCCUAGUCAUCCCUAGUCAUGCCAGUCAUCCCUAGUCAUCUCUAGUCAUCCCGAUUCAUCCUAGUCAUCCCUAGUCAUCCCUAGUCGUCCCUAGUCAUCCCAGUCACCCUUAGUCAUCCCAGUCAUCCCUAGUCAUCCUAGUAAUCUCAGUCAUCCGUAUUCAUCCCAGUCAUCCCUAGUCAUCUCAGUCAUUUCUAGUCAACCCAGUCAUCCCUAGUCAUCUUAGUCACUGCUAGUUAUCCAGUGUCAUUCCAGUCAUCCUAGCCAUCGCUAGUCAUCCCACUUAUCUCUAGUAGUCUCUGGCCAUCCCUAGUCAUCCCAGUCAUCCCUAGUCAUCCCAGUCAUCUGUAGUCAUUCGUAGUAAUCCCUGUAAUCCCAGUCGUCCCUAGUCAUCCUGGUCAUGCCUUGUCAUCCUAGUCAUCCCUAGUCAUCACUGUCAUCCUAGUGAUCUCUAGUCAUCACUGUCAUCCUAGUGAUCUCUAGUCAUCCUCACUCAUCCCAGUCAUCCUACUCGUCCCAGUCAUCCUACUCAUCCUAGUCAUCUCUAGUCAUCCCUAGUCAUGCCAGUCAUCCCUAGUCAUCUUUGUCAUCCCUAGUCAUCCUUAAACAUCCCUAGUAAUCUGUAGAAAUCGCUAGUCAUCCCUAGUCGUCCUUAGUCAUCCCAGUCAUUCCUAGUCAUCCCACUCAUCCCUAGUCAUUCCUUGUCAUCCCAGUAAUCCCAGUCAUCCCUUGUCAUCGCUAGUCAUUCCAGUCAUCGUAGUGAUCGUAGUCAUCCCAAUCAUCCCCUGUCAUCCCAGUCAUUCCUAGUCAUCCUAGUCAUCCCUAGUCAUCCCGAAUCAUCCCUAGUCAUCCCGAAUCAUCCCAGUCAUCCGAGUCAUCCCUAGGCCUCCCUAAUCAUUUGUAGUAAUUCCAGUCAUCCGUAGUCAUCCUAGUCAUCCAUUGUAAUCCCUAGUCCUCGCAGUCAUCCUAGUCAUCCCUGGUCCUCCCAGUCAUCCUAGUCAUCCCUUGUCAUCCUUAGUCAUCUCUAAUCAUUCUUAGUCAUUGCAGUGAUCUCUAGUCAUCCCUAGUCAUCCCAGUCAUCCCUAGUCAUCCCUAGUGAUCCUAGUCACCCUUAGUCAUCUCUUGUCAUCCCUAGUCAACGUUAGUCUUCUGAGUCGUCCGUAGUGAUCCCAGUCAUCUCAGUCAUUUCUAGUCAUCCCAGUCAUACCAGUCAUCCCUUGUCAUCGUAGUCAUCCCUAGUUACCCCGAGUCAUCCCAAUCAUCCUAGUCAUCGCUAGUCAUCCCAGUUAUCCUUAGUCAUCCCAAUCAUCCCUAGUCAUCUUAGUCAUCCGUAGUCAUUCCUAGUCAUCCCAUUAAUCCCAGACAUCCCUAUUCAUCCCAGUCACCCUAGUCAUCCCUAGUCAUCCUUGUCAUCCUUAGUCAUCCUAGUCAUCUCUAGUCAUUCUUAGUCAUUCCAGCCAUCGCUAGUCAUCCCUAGUCAUCCUAGUCAUCACUAGUCAUCCCUAGUCAUCCUUAGUUUUCUCAGUCAUCCCUAGUCAUCUAAGUCAUCACUAGUCAUCGCAGUCAUCCGAGUCAUUGCUAGUAAUCCCAGUUAUGCCUAGUCCUCCCUAGUCUUCCGUUGUCAUCCCAGUCAUCGGUACUCAUUCCUAGUCAUCCCAGUCAUCCCUAGUCAUCCCAGUCAUCCUAGUCAUCCCUAGUCAUCCCAGUUAUUCCUAGUUUUCACCAGUCAUCCCUAGUCAACCCAGUCAUCCCUAGUCAUUCUGGUUAUCCCUUGUCAUCCCAGUCAUCCCUACUUUUGCUUAAUUAUCCCUAGUACUCACUGUCAUCCUAGUGAUCUCUAGUCAUCCCUAGUCAUCACUGGUCAUCCCAGUCAUCUCUACCCAUCCCUAAUCAUCCCAGUCACCUCUAGUCAUGCCUAGUCAUCUUAGACAUUCCUAGUCAUCCUUAAACAUCCCGAGUCAUCAAAUCAAAUCCCUAGUCAUCCCAGUCAUCCCUACUCGUCCCUAGUCAUCCUUAGUCAACCUUAGUCAUCCUUAGUCAUCCCAGUCAUCCUUAGUCAUUCCUAGUCAUUCCAGUAAUCCCAGUCAUCCCUCGUCAUCCCAGUCAAUCUAGUCAUCCCUAGUUAUCCCUAGUUAUCCUAGUCACCCUAGUCAUCCCAAGUCAUCCGUAGUCUUCUCAGUCAUCUUAGUCAUCUCAGUCAUUUCUAUUCAUCCCAGUCAUCUCAGUCAUUUCUAGUCAUACCAGUCAUCCCUAGUCAUCGUAGUAAUCCCUAGUUACCCCGAGUCAUCCCAAUCAUCCUAGUCAUCGCUAGUCAUCCCAAUCAUCCCUAGUCAUCUCUAGUCAUCCUGACUCAUCCUAGUCAUCCCUAGUCGUCCCUAGUCAUCCCAGUCACCCCUAGUCAUCCCUUGUCAUCCUAGUCAUCCUAGUCAUCGCUAGUCAUCUUUGAGCAUCCCUAGUCAUCCCUCGAAAUCCCUAGUCAUCCCAGUCAUCCCUAGUCAUCCCUAUUCAUCUCACUCAUCCCUAGUUAUGCCAGUCAUUCCUAGUCAUCUCAGUCAUUUCUAGUCCUCCCAGUCAUUUCGAGUCAUCCUAGUCAUCCCUAGUUAUCCAGUGUCAUCCCAGUCAUCCUAGCCAUCGCUACUCAUUCCACUCAUCCCUAGUCCCCCCUGGUCAUCCCUAGUCAUCCCAGUCAUCCGUAGUCAUUCCUAGUCAUCCCACUAAUCCCAGUAAUCCCUAAUCAUCCCAGUCAUCCUAGUCAUGCCUAGUCAUCCCAGAUAUUCCUAGUCCUCCCUAGUCAUCCUGGUCAUCCUAGUCAUCCCUAGUUAUCCCUAGUGAUCCCUAGUCCUCACUGUCCUCCUAGUGAUCCCUCAUCAUCCCUAGUCAUCCCAGUCAUCCUAGUCAUCUCAAGUCAUCCCUACUCAUUCUGGUCAUCCCUAAUCAUCCAAUUUAUCCCAGUCAUCACUAGUCAUCCCAGUCAUUCCUAGUUGUCCCUAGUCAUCCCAGUCACCCGUAGUCAUCCCUAGUCGUCCUUAAACAUCCCUAGUCAUCCCUAGAAAUCGCUAGUCAUCCCAGUUAUCCUUAGUCAUCCCAAUCAUCCCUAGUCAUCUUAGUCAUCCGUAGUCAUUCCUAGUCAUCCUAUUAAUCCCAGACAUCCCUAUUCAUCCCAGUCACCCUAGUCAUCCCUAGUCAUCCUUGUCAUCCUUAGUCAUCCUAGUCAUCUCUAGUCAUUCUUAGUCAUUCCAGCCAUCCCUAGUCAUCCCUAGUCAUCCUAGUCAUCACUAGUCAUCCCAGUCAUCCCUAGUCAUCCCUAGUCAUCCUUAGUUUUCUCAGUCAUCCCUAGUCAUCUGAGUCAUCACUAGUCAUCGCAGUCAUCCGAGUCAUUGCUAGUAAUCCCAGUUAUGCCUAGUCCUCCCUAGUCUUCCGUUGUCAUCCCAGUCAUCGGUACUCAUUCCUUGUCAUCCCAGUCAUCCCUAGUCAUCCCAGUCAUCCUAGUCAUCCCUAGUCAUCCCUAGUCAUCCCAGUUAUCCCUAGUUUUCACCAGUCAUCCCUAGUCAUCCCAGUCAUCCCUAGUCAUUCUAGUUAUCCCUUGUCAUCCCAGUCAUCCCUACUUUUCCUUAAUUAUCCCUAGUACUCACUGGUCAUCCCAGUCAUCUUUACCCAUCCCUAAUCAUCCCAGUCACCCCUAGUCAUGCCUAGUCAUCCUAGACAUUCCUAGUCAUCCUUAAACAUCCCGAGUCAUCCCUUCAAAUCCCUAGUCAUCCCAGUCAUCCCUACUCGUCCCUAGUCAUCCUUAGUCAACCUUAGUCAUCCUUAGUCAUCCCAGUCAUCCUUAGUCAUUCCUAGUCAUUCCAGUAAUCCCAGUCAUCCCUCGUCAUCCCAGUCAAUCUAGUCAUCCCUAGUUAUCCCUAGUUAUCCUAGUCACCCUAGUCAUCCCAAGUCAUCCGUAGUCUUCUCAGUCAUCUUAGUCAUCUCAGUCAUUUCUAUUCAUCCCAGUCAUCUCAGUCAUUUCUAGUCAUACCAGUCAUCCCUAGUCAUCGUAGUCAUCCCUAGUUACCCCGAGUCAUCCCAAUCAUCCUAGUCAUCGCUAGUCAUCCCAGUUAUCCUUAGUCAUCCCAAUCAUCCCUAGUCAUCUCUAGUCAUCCUGACUCAUCCUAGUCAUCCCUAGUCGUCCCUAGUCAUCCCAGUCACCCCUAGUCAUCCCUUGUCAUCCUAGUCAUCCUAGUCAUCCCUAGUCAUCUUUGAGCAUCCCUAGUCAUCCCUAGAAAUCCCUAGUCAUCCCAGUCAUCCCUAGUCAUCCCUAUUCAUCUCACUCAUCCCUAGUCAUGCCAGUCAUUCCUAGUCAUCUCAGUCAUUUCUAGUCCUCCCAGUCAUUUCGAGUCAUCCUAGUCAUCGCUAGUUAUCCAGUGUCAUCCCAGUCAUCCUAGCCAUCACUAGUCAUCCCACUUAUCCCUAGUCGACCCUAGCCAUCCCUAGUCAUCCCAGUCAUCCCUAGUCAUCCCAGUUAUCCGUAGUCAUUCCUAGUAAUCCCAGUAAUCCCAGUUUAACAAACGCAUUCAAAAUUUCCUCAUUCUGUUAUAUAAGAGUUUGUUUUUCACUCAUUUUCCUACUUAUAUGAAGAAUAUGUUUUCACUCCGGUCCUCUUCCUAUGAUCUUCGUGGCAACUACAUUCUUUCACUAAGUAAACCUAAAACAACUACCUAUGGUCUUAACUCCUUUUCUUACUUUUCAGCUAAGCAGUGGAAUGCACUGCCGGACUUUUUUCGUACCAGUUUUUUUUGCAGACUUUAAGACUAAAAUACAGGAUGUUACCUUCAUGUAGAUUCUUUUUGCCUGACAUACUUAAACUUAAAAUUGUGAAUUGUAAAUGAUAUUUUCUUUCCAUGCAUUUAAUGUAUAUAUAUAUUUUCUAUAUAGUUUUUAUGUAGUGUCAGCUCGAAGAUAUUAGCUUAUGUUAGCUACUCUAAAAUUCGAGUUUAAAUAAAGUUUUAUGUAUGUAUGUAUCCCUAAUCAUCCAAGUCAUCCUAGUCAUCCCUAGUCAUCCCAGAUAUUCCUAGUCCUCCCAAGUCAUCCCUAGUCAUCCCAGUCAUUCUCGUCAUCCCUUGUCAUCCUACUCAUCCCUAGUUAUCCCUAGUGAUCCCUAGUCCUCACUGUCAUCCUAGUUAUCCCUAGUCAUCCUAGUGAUCUCAAGUCAUCCCUAGUCAUUCUAGUCAUCCCUAGUUAUCCCUAGUCAUCCGAGUUAUCUUAGUCAUCACUAGUCAUCCCAGUCAUUCCUAGUUGUGCCUAGUCAUCCCAGUCACCCGUAGUCAUCCCUAGUCAUCCUUAAACAUCCCUAGUCAUCCCUAGAAAUCGCUAGUCAUCCCAGUCAUCCCUAGUCGUCCUUAGUCAUCCCAGUCAUCCCUAGUCAUCCCAGUCAUCCCUAGUCAUUCCUUGUCAUCCCAGUAAUCCCAGUAAUCCCACUCAUCCCUUGUCAUCCCUAGUCAUUCCAGUCAUCGUAGUCAUCCCUAGUCAUCCCAAUCAUCCCCUGUCAUCCCAGUCAUUCCUCGUCAUCCUAGUCAUCCCUAGUCAUCUCGAAUCAACCCAGUCAUCCGAGUCAUCUCUAGGCCUCCCAAAUCAUUUGUAGUAAUCCCAGUCAUCAUCCUAGUCAUCGAUUGUAGUAAUCCCAGUCAUCAUCCUAGUCAUCGAUUGUAAUCCCUAGUCCUCGCAGUCGUCCUAGUCAUCCCUAGUCAUCCCAGUCAUCCCUAGUCAUCCCUAGUCAUCCUAGUCACCCUUAGUCAUCUCUAGUCAUCCCUAGUCAACGCUAGUCUUCUCAGUCGUCCCUAGUCAUCCCAGUCAUCUCAGUCAUUUCUAGUCAUCCCAGUCAUACCAGUCAUCCCUAGUCAUCGUAGUUACCCCGAGUCAUCCCAAUCAUCCUAGUCAUCGAUAGUCAUCCCAGUUAUCCUUAGUCAUCCCAGUCAUCCCUAGUCAUCCCAGUCUCCCUAGUCAUCCUAGUCAUCCCAAGUCAUCCUUAGUCAUCCUACUCAUCUCUAGUCAUUCUUAGUCAUUCCAGUCGUCCCUAGUCAUCCCAGUCAUCUCUCGUCAUCCCAGUCAUCCAUAGUCACUCCUAGUCAUCCUAGUCACUCCUAGUCACCCCUAGUCAUCCCUAGUCAUCCUUAGUCUUCUCAGUCAUCCCUAGUGAUCUAAGUCAUUUCUACUCAUCGCAGUCAUCCGAGUCAUCGCUAGUCAUCCCAGUUAUCCCUAGUCCUUUCUAGUCAUCUCAGUCAUCCCUAGUCAUCCCAGUCAUGGGUAGUCAUUCCUAGUCAUCCCAGUCAUCCCUAGUCUUCCCAGUCUUUUUUGUCAUCCCUAGUCAUCCCAGUUAUCCCUAGUUUUCCCCAGUCAUCCCUAGUUAUCCCUAGUCAUCCCUAGUCAUUCCUAGUCAUCCCAGUAAUCCCACUCAUCCGUUGUCAUCCCAAUCAAUCUUGUCAUCCCUAGUCAUUCUAGUCACCCCUAGUCACCCCUAGUCAUCCCUAGUCUUUUCAGUUAUCCCUAGUCAUCCCAGUCAUGUCAGUCAUUUUUAGUCAUCCUAGUCAUCCCUAGUUACCACGAGUCAUCCCAGUCAUCCUUCUCAUCGCUAGUCAUCCAGUUAUCCGUAGUCAUCCCAAUCAUCCCUAGUCAUCCCUAGUCAUCUUAGUUAUCCGUAGUCAUUCCUAGUCAUGCCUUUAAUCCCAGUCAUCUCUAGUCAUCUCAGUCACCCUAGUAAUCCCUAGUCAUCCUAGUCAUCCCUAGUCAUCCUUAGUCAUCCUAGUCAUCUCUAGUCAUUCUUAAUCAUUCCAGCCAUCCCUAGUCAUCCCAGUCAUCCCUAGUCACCCCAGUCAUUCCUAGUCAUCCUGGUUAUUCCUUGUCAUCCCUACUUUUCCUUAAUCAUCCCUAGUAUUCACUGUCAUCCUAGUGAUCUCUAGUCAUCCCUGUCAUCCCAGUCAUCUUUGUCAUCCCUAGUCAUCACUAGUCAUCCCAGUCAUCUCUACUCAUCCCUAAUCAUUCCAGUCACCCCUAGUCAUGCCUAGUCAUCCUAGUCAUUCCUAGGCACCCUUAAACAUCCCGAGUCAUCUCUUCAAAUCCCUAGCCAUCCCAGUCGUCCCUAGUCAUCCUUAGUCAUCCUUAGUCAUUCCAGUCAUCCCUAGUCAUUCCUAGUCAACCCGGUAAUCCCAGUCAUCCGUAGUCAUCCCAGUCAAUCUAGUCAUCCCUAGUCAUCCCUAGUCAUCCUAGUCACUCCUAGUCAUCCCUAGUCUUCUCAGUCAUCCCUAGUCAUCCCAGUCAUCUCAGUCAUUUCUAGUCAUCCCAUUCAUACCAGUUAUCCCUAGUCAUCCUAGUCAUCCCUAGUUACCUCGAGUCAUCCGAAUCAUCCUAGUCAUCGCUAGUCAUCCCAGUUAUCCCUAGUCAUCCCAAUCAUCCCUAGUCAUCCCUAGUCAUCUUAUUUAUCCGUAGUCAUUCCUAGUCAUCCCAUUAAUCCCAGUCAUCCCAGUCACCCUAGUCAUCCCUAGUCAUCGUAGUCGUCCAUAGUCAUCCCUAGUCAUCCUAGUCACCCCCAAUCAUUCUUAGUCAUCCUAGUCGUCUCUAGUCAUUCUUAGUCAUUCCAGCCAUCCCUAGUCAUCCCUAGUCAUCCCAGUCAUCCCAUUCAUCCCUAGUCACUCCUAGUCAUCCCUAGUCAUCCCUAGUCAUCCUUAGUCUUCUCAGUCAUCCCUAGUCAUCUCAGUCAUUUCUAGUCAUCGCAGUCAUGCGAGUCAUCACCAGUCAUCCCAGGUAUCCCUAGUCCUCCCUAUUCCUCCCUGGUCCUGCCUAGUCAUCCCAGUCAUGCCAGUCAUCGAUAGUCAUUCCUAGUCAUCGCAGUAAUCCCUAGUCACCCCAGGCAUCCUAGUCAUCCCUAGUAAUCCCAGUUAUCCCUAGUUUUCCCCAGUCACCGUAGUCAUCCCAGUCAUCCCUAGUCAUCCUGGUUAUCCCUUGUCAUCCUAGUCAUCCCUACUUUUCCUUAGUCAUCCCUAGUAGUCACUGUCAUCCUAGUGAUCUCUAGUCAUCCCUUGUCAUCCCAGUCAUCUUAGUCAUCACUAGUCAUCCCAGUCAUCUCUACUCAUCCCUAAUCAUCCCAGUCACCCCUAGUCAUGCCUAGUCAUCCUAGUCAUUCGCAGACAUCCUUAAACAUCCCGAGUCAUCCCUUCAAAUCCCUAGCCAUCCCAGUCAUCUCUAGUCGUCCCUAGUCAUCCUUAGUCAUCCUUAGUCAUUCCAGUCAUCCUUACUCAUUCCUAGGCAUCCCAGUAAUCCCAGUCAUCCGUAAUCAUCCCAGUCAUUCUAGUCAUCCCUAGUCAUCCCUGGUCUUCUCCGUCAUCCCUAGCCAUCCCAGUCUUCUCAGUCAUUUCUAGUCAUCCUAGUUAUCCCAGUCAUCCUUAGUCAUCCUAGUCUUCCCUAGUUAUCCUGAGUCAUCCCCGUCAUCUUAGUCAUCGCUAGACAUCACAGUUAUCCCUAGUCCUCCCUAGUCAUCCCUAGCCAUUGAGUCAUCCCUCGUCAUCCCAGUCAUCCGCAGUCAUUCCUAGUGAUCCCAGUAAUCCCAGUCAUCCCUAGUCAUCGAUGUCAUCCUAGUCAUCCCUAGUCAUCCCUAGUCAUAGCAGUCAUGCCUAGUCAUCCCAUUCAUCCCUAGUAAUUAGUAAUCAUCUCAGUAAUCCAAGUCAUCCCUAGUCAUCCCAGUCAUCCUAGUCAUCCCUAGUCAUCCUCAAUCAUGUUAUUCGUCUCUAGUCAUCCCUCUUCAUUCCAGUCAUCCCUUGUCAUCCCUAGUCAUCCCAGUCAUCCUAGUCAUCCCAGACAUCCCUAGUCAUCGUGGUGAUCAUUUGUCACCCUAGUUAUCCGUAGUCAUCUCUAGUCAUCCCUAGUCAUCCCUAGUCAUUCCUAGUGAUCCUUAAACAUCCCUAGUCAUCCCUAGUCAUCCCAGUCAUCCCUAGUCAUCCCAGUAAUCCCUAGUCAUCUUACCCAUCACUAGUCAUCUCAUGUCAUCUCAGUUAUUCUAGCCAUCACUAGUCAUCCCAGUUAUCCCUAGUCCUCCCUUGUCAUCCCUAGUCAUCCCAGUCAUCCAUAGUCAUUCCUGGUCAUCCCGGUAAUCCCAGUCAUCCCAAGUCAUCCCAGUCAUCCCAGUAAUCCUAGUCAUCCCAAGUCAUCCCAGAUAUCCUUAGUCAUCCUGGUCAUCCCUUGUCAUCCUAGUCAUCCCUAGUUAUUCCUAGUAAUCUUGGUCAUCAUUUGUCAUCUUAGUUAUCCCUAGUCAUCUCUAGUCAUCCCUAGUCAUCUUUAGUCAACCCUAGUCAUCCUUAGUCAUCCCAGUCAUCCUAGUCAUCCCUAGUCAUCCUUUGUCAUCCUAGUCAUCCCUAGUCAUUCCUAGUCAUCCUCAAACAUUCCUAGUCAUCCUUAGUCAUCCCAGUUAUCCCUAGUCAUCCCAGUCAUCCCUAAUCAUCUCAGUCAUCCCUAGUCAUCCCAGUCAUCCCUAAUCAUGUCAGUCAUUUCUAGUCAUCCCAGUCAUCCCAGUCAUCCCAGACAUCCCUAGUCAUCCUACUCAUCGCUAGCUAUCCCGUGUCAUCCCAGUCAUCCUAGCCAUCGCUAGUCAUCCCAGUUAUCUCUAGUCCUCCCUUGUCAUCCGUAGUCAUCCCAGUCAUCCCUAGUCAUCCCAGUCAACAAUAGUCAUUCCUUGUCAUCCCAGUAAUCCCAGUUAUCCCUAGUCAUCCUAGUCAUCCCAAGUCAUCCCAGAUAUCCUUAGUCCUCCCCAGUCAUCCCUAGUCAUCCUAGUCAUUCCUAGUCAUCCCUAGUCAUCCUUAGUCAUUUUAGCCAUCCCUACUCAUCCUUUGUCAUUCCAGUCAUCCCUAGUCAUCCCAGUCAUCACUAGGCAUCCCAGUCAUCCUAGUCAUCCUAGUCAUCCCUAGUCAUACUACUCACCCUAGUCAUCCUAGUCAUCCCUAGUCAUCCCAGUCACCCGUAGUCUUCGUAGUCAUCCCUAGUCAUCUUAGUCAUCCCUAGUCAUCUUAGUCAUCCUUAGUCAUCCUUAAACAUCCGUAAUCAAUCGUAGUCAUCCCUAGUCAUCCCACUCUUCCUAGUCAUCCCUUGUCAUCCCAGUCAUCCAUAGUCUUCCCAAGUCAUCCCAGUCAUCCCUAGUCACCCCUAGUCAAUCCAGUAACCAUAGUCAUCCCCAGUCAUCCCUACUCAUCACUAGUCAUCAAUGUCAUCCUAGUCAUCCCAAGUCAUCCUACUCACCCCUAGUAAUCCUAGUCAUCCGUAGUCAUCCCAGUCACCCCUAGUCUUCCUUGUCAUCCCUAGUCAUCUUAGUCGUCCCUAGUCAUCCCUAGUCAUCCUUAAACAUCCCUAAUCAACCCUAGUCAUCCUACUCUUCCUAGUCAUCCCUAGUCAUCCCUUGUCAUCCCAGUCAUCCAAAGUCACUCCUAGUCAUCCCAGUAACCCCAGUCAUCCCCAGUCAUCCCUAUUCAUCAAUAGUCAUCCCAAUCAUCCUAGUCAUCCUAGUCAUCCCUUGUCAUCCCAGUUAUAUCUAGUCCUCCCCAGUCAUCCCUAACCAUCGCUAGUCAUCCCAGUCAUCCCUUGUCAUCCUGGUCAUCCCUAGUCAUCACUGGUAAUCCGUAGUCAUCACCGUCAUGCUAGUCAUCCCUAGCCAUCCCAGUCAUCCCUAGUCAUCCCUAGUCAUCCAGGUCAUCCCUAAUCAUCCCUAGUCAUCCCAGUCAUCCCUAGUCAUCCCAGUCAUGCUUAGUUAUUCCAGUCAUCCCUAGUCAUCCCUAGUCACCUUAGUCAACCCUAGACGUCCUAGUCAUCCGUACUCUUCCUUAGUCAUCCCAGUAAUCCCUUGUCAUUUCUACUCAUCCCAGUCAUCCCUAGUCAUCUCACAUCAUCCCCAGUCAUCCUAGUGAUCCCUAGUUAUCCCAGUCAUCCCGGUCAUCCCUAGGCAUCCCUAUGCAUCCCUAGUCAUCCCUAGUCGUCCCAGUCAUCUCUACUCACCCCGGUAAUCCCUAGUCAACCCCUAGUCAUCCCAAGCUAUCCCAGACAUUCCUUGUCAUCCCAAUCAUCCCUAGUGAUCCCAGUCGUCCCCGUAAUCCCUAGUCAUACCUAUAGAACGCUAGUCAUCCCAGUCAUCCCUAGUCAUCCCAGUCAUCCUGGUCAUCCCUAGUCAUCCCAGUUAUUCCUAGUCCUUCCUAGCCAUCCCUAGUCAUCCCAGUCAUCCCUAGUCAUCCUGGUCAUCCCUGGUGAUCCUAGUCAUCUCUAGUUAUCCCUAGUCAUCCCAGUUAUCCCUAGUCCUUCCUAGUCAUCCCUAGUCAUGCCAGUCAUUCUAGUCAUCUCUAGUCAUCCGGAUUCAUCCUAGUGAUCCCUAGUCGUCCUUAGUCUUCCCUAGUCAUCCCAGUCACCUUUAGUCAUCCCUAGUCAUCUCAGUCAUUUCUAGUCAACCCAGUCAUCCCUAGUCAUCUUAGUCAUCGCUAGUUAUCCAGUGUCAUCCCAGUCAUCCUUGCCAUUGCUAGUCAUCCCACUUAUCCCUGGUCCUCUCUGGCCAUCCCUAGUCAUCCCAGUCAUCUGUAGUCAUUCCUAGUAUUCCCCGUAAUCCCAGUCAUCCCUAGUCAUCCUGGUCAUGCGUUGUCAUCCUAGUCAUCCCUAGUCACUGUCAUCCUAGUGAUCUCUAGUCAUUCUCACUCAUCCCAGUCAUCCUACUCAUCCUUGUCAUCCCUAGUCACCUCUAGUCAUCACGAGUCAUCCCAGUCAUCCCUAGUCGUCCCUAGUCAUCCCAGUCACCCCUAGUCACCCCUUGUCAUCCUAGUCAUCCUAGUCAUCCCUAGUCAUCCCUAGUCAUCUUUGAACUUCCCUAGUCAUCCUUAGAAAUCCCUAGUCAUCCCAGUCAUCCCUAGUCAUCCCAGUCAUCCCUAGUCAUCCCAGUCAUUCCUAGUUAUCCCUAGUCAUCCCUAGUCAUGUCACUCAUCCCUAGUCAUCCCUAGUCAUCUCAGUCAUUUCUAGUCAUCCCAGUCAUUCCUAGUCAUCCUAGUCAUCGCUAGUUAUCCAGUGUCAUUCCAGUCAUCCUAGCCGUCGCUAGUCAUCCCACUUAUCCCUAGUCCUCCCUGGCCAUCCGUAGUCAUCCCAGUUAUCCCUAGUCAUCCCAGUCAAUCGUACUCAUUCCUAGUAAUCCCAGUAAUCCCAGUCAUCUCUAAUCAUCCCAGUCAUCCCAGAUAUUCCCAGUCCUUCCAAGUCAUCCUUAGUCAUCCCAGUUAUCCUGAUCAUCCCUUGUCAUCCUAGUCAUCCCUAGUUAUCCCUAGUGAUCCCUAGUCCUCACUGUCAUCCUAGUGAUCCUUAGUGAUCCCUAGUGAUCCCAGUCAUCCUAGUCAUCUUAAGUCAUCCCUAGUCAUUGUAGUCAUCCCUAGUCAUGGGAGUUAUCCCAGUCAUCACUAGUCAUCCCAGUCAUCCCUACUCGUCCCUAGUCAUCCCAGUCACCCCUAGUCAUCCCUAGUCAUCCUUCAACAUCCCUAGUCAUCCUUACAAGUCCCUUGUGGUCGUUAGUCAUCCCAGUCAUCCCUAGUCUUCCCAGUCAUCCCAGUAAUCGCGGUCAUCCCUUUUCAUUCCAGUCAUUCUAGUCAUCUCUAGUCAUUCCAGUCAUCCUAGUCAUCCCUAGUCAACCCUAGUCUUCUCAGUCGUCCCUAGUCAUCCCAGUCAUCUCAGUCAUUUCUAGUCAUCCCAGUCAUACCAGUCAUCCCUAGUCAUCCUUAGUCAUCGUAGUCAUUCCUAGUUACCCUGAGUCAUCCCAAUCAUCCCAGUCAUCCCUAGUCAUCCCAGUUUUCCUUAGUCAUCCCAAUCAUCCCUUGUCAUCUUAGUCAUCCGUAGUCAUUCCUAGUCAUCCCAUUAAUCCCAUUCAUCCCUAGUCAUCCCAGUCACCCUAGUCAUCGCUAGUCAUCCCAGUUAUCCUUAGUCAUUCCAAUCAUCCCUAGUCAUCUCUAGUCAUUCGUAGUCAUUCCAGCCAUCCCUAGUCAUCCCUAGUCAUCCUAGUCAUCACUAGUCAUCCCAGUCAUCCUAGUCAUCCCUAGUCAUCCUUAGUCUUCUCAGUCAUCCCUGGUCAUCUAAGUCAUCACUAGUCAUCGCAGUCAUCCGAGUCAUUGCUAGUCAUCCCAGUUAUGCCUAGUCCUCCCUAGUCCUCCGUAGUCAUCCCAGUCAUCCCUAGUCAUCCCAGUCAUCGGUACUCAUUUCUAGUCAUCCCAGUCAUCCCUAGUCAUCCCAGUCAUCCCAGUCAUCCUAGUCAUCCCUAGUCAUCCCAGUUAUCCCUAGUUUUCACCAGUCAUCCCUAGUCAUCCCAGUCAUCCCUAGUCAUUCUGGUUAUCCCUUGUCAUCCCAGUCAUCCCUACUUUUGCUUAAUUAUCCCUAGUACUCACUGUCAUCCUAGUGAUCUCUAGUCAUCCCUAGUCAUCACUGGUCAUCCCAGUCAUCUCUACCCAUCCCUAAUCAUCCUAGUCACCCCUAGUCAUGCCUAGUCAUCCUAGUCAUUCCUAGUCAUCCUUAAACAUCCCGAGUCAUCCCUUUAAACCCCUAGUCAUCCCAGUCAUCCCUACUCGUCCCUAGUCAUCCUUAGUCAUCCCAGUCAUCCCUAGUCAUUCCUAGUCAUUCCAGUAAUCCCAGUCAUCCCUCGUCAUCCCAGUCAAUCUAGUCAUCCCUAGUCAUCCCUAGUUAUCCUAGUCACCCUAGUCAUCCCAAGUCAUCCGUAGUCUUCUCAUUCAUCCCAGUCAUCUCAGUCAUUUCUAUUCAUCCCUGUCAUUUCAGUCAUUUCUAG